ACUCCUGCUCUGGACUAAUAAGAAGAGCCGAUGAUAUGAGGUGGAAGUGAGAGUGUCAGCGAUUGGUUAGCGGUGGUUGUCUGCUCCUAGGCGGGAGCUAACAGAGGCAGAGGCAGCGAGUGAGAGCUCAGUGGAGUGGAGGGGUAGCAAGAUGGCGGCAGAGACGGUGGAGCUGCAUAAGCUGAAGCUUGCGGAACUAAAGCAAGAAUGUCUUGCUCGUGGUCUGGAGACCAAGGGAAUAAAACAAGAUCUUAUCAACAGGCUUCAGGCAUAUCUUGAAGAACAUGCUGAAGAAGAGGCAAAUGAAGAAGAUGUACUGGGAGAUGAAACAGAGGAAGAAGAACCAAAACCCAUGGAACUGCCUGUCAAAGAAGAAGAACCCUCUGAAAAACCUGUAGAUAUGACAGCAGAGAAGAAAGUGGUCAAAAUUACAUCUGAAAUGCCACAGACUGAGAGAAUGCAGAAGAGAGCUGAACGAUUCAAUGUACCUGUGAGUCUGGAGAGUAAAAAAGCUGCCCGGGCAGCUAGAUUUGGGAUUUCUUCAGUUUCAUCAAAAGGCCUAUCACCUGACACCAAGCCUAUGGUUAACCUUGAUAAACUAAAGGAAAGAGCUCAAAGAUUUGGUCUAAAUGUCUCCUCGAUCUCCAGAAAGUCUGAAGAUGACGAGAAACUGAAAAAGAGGAAGGAAAGAUUUGGGAUUGUCACAAGUUCAGCUGGAACAGGAGCCACAGAAGAUACAGAGGCAAAGAAGAGGAAAAGAGCAGAGCGCUUUGGGAUUGCCUGAUGAAAGACUCAGUACUUCCUGUUCUCUGGUGGUUUCCAGCUCUCUUGAUUCUUCUUGGUUUUAUAUAAAAAAUAUAUAUGUAUAUACACACCUAAAUGCACAGUCAUGUGCCGAAGUCCUGCCUCGCAGUGAGGGGGCAUGUACCUCAGGUACAUCCACAAACUCCAGCAGCAGUAUGAUUCACUGCUGUUUCAACUUGUUGUGUUGUUUUUUAUUAUUAUUUGCUUGUUAAUAAAAAAAAAUAGAAAAGAG